CCCUCUGCGCCGCGUCAGUCUAUAAAGGCACCUAGCACACACAAAGAAAACAGUCCACCGUCGUCAGCCGAUGAUGUGUAUCAUCACCGCGGCCGAGAUUAUACAAUAAAACCGAGUAACCUCGCGUGCGAUGUCACGGUACACAAACAAAACAAAUAGUUGUGCUUAAAAAAAUAUUCAAAAUUCCCUCUCUUUUCCGCGCACGCGCAAACGCUUCGCUGUGAUUGGUCGGCCGGGAGACCGUCGAGAAAAAUGAGUGAAUCGAAAAACGGCGUUAGUCGCUCGGCGUGCAACAGCAAAGGGAGCAUGAUUGUUGUUUCGAACAGAUUACCGUUUGUUUUGAGGAAAAAUGAGAAAACCGGUGAACUAGAGAGAAAGGCCAGCGCGGGCGGGCUGGUGACAGCAGUAGCGCCGGUAGUGAUCCGCGGCGGGGGCAUCUGGGUGGGGUGGCCGGGCAUCCACCUGGACGACCCCGCAACCCGCAUCCCGGAGUCAGACCCCAACGACAACACGCCCACCGCCGGCCUGCGCUCGGACAAGAUAGUAGCUAUACACGCGGAACCGAAGCUGUUCGACAGCUACUACAAUGGCUGCUGCAACGGCACCCUCUGGCCGCUGUUCCACUCGAUGCCGGACCGCGCAACCUUCAUCGCUGACCACUGGAACGCGUACAUCAAGCUCAAUAAAGAGUUUGCGGAGAAAACUGUGCAGGCUCUCAGACUAUUGAAUAAAGAGAACUGCGCGUCGCCGCCGAUAGUAUGGGUGCACGAUUACCACCUUAUGCUGGCUGCUAACUGGAUUAGAGAGCGAGCUGAAGAGGAGAAUUUGAAAUUUAAACUAGCAUUCUUCUUGCACAUACCCUUCCCACCCUGGGACAUCUUCCGCCUUUUACCCUGGUCGGAUGUGGUCCUUCAGGGCAUUUUAGGGUGCGACAUGGUAGGUUUCCACAUAACCGACUACUGUCUGAACUUCAUCGACUGCUGUCAAAGGGAGUUGGGUUGCCGUGUCGACAGAAAGAACCUUCUUGUAGAACUCGGCGGCAGAACUAUCUGCAUCAGACCCCUUCCUAUCGGAGUACCCUUCGACAGAUUCGUGGCGUUAGCCCAGAAAGCUAAGCCGGUCCUUUCGACUAGUCAAAAAGUUAUACUCGGAGUCGACAGGCUAGAUUACACAAAAGGUCUAGUGCACAGACUGAAAGCCUUCGAGAGGCUGCUAGAGAAGCAUCCAGAACACAUAGAGAAUGUGAUUCUGAUGCAAAUAGCGGUGCCAUCCAGAACCGACGUGAAGGAGUACCAGGAUCUGAAAGAGGAGAUGGAUCAACUGGUGGGCAGGAUCAACGGACGGUUUACCACACCCAACUGGUCUCCUAUCAGAUACAUCUACGGCUGCGUGGGUCAGGACGAGCUGGCCGCGUUCUACCGUGACGCUGCUGUGGCUCUCGUCACACCGCUGCGAGACGGCAUGAACCUCGUGGCUAAGGAAUUCGUGGCGUGCCAGAUCAAGCAACCCCCUGGUGUACUCAUCGUGUCUCCCUUCGCUGGAGCCGGCGAGAUGAUGCACGAGGCGCUGAUAUGUAACCCCUAUGAGCUCGACGACGCUGCUGAGGUUAUACACAGAGCCCUCAUAAUGCCGGAGGACGAGCGCACGGUCCGCAUGAACCACCUCCGGCGGCGGGAACAGCUCAACGACGUGGACAGCUGGAUGAAGGCCUUCCUCAAGGCCAUGGAUUCCCUCGAGGAGGAGGCCGACGACAUCGGAGCCACAUCCAUGCAGCCCGUCACCAUAGACGACUUCAACGACUACCUCACCAAGUACAUAGGCUUCACUCAGAAAUUAGCUCUACUGCUGGACUACGACGGUACCCUAGCACCGAUAGCUCCUCACCCCGAUCUCGCCACCCUGCCCUUGGAGACCAAGCACACGCUCCAGCGGCUGUCCAACAUGUCAGAUGUCUACAUCGCCAUCAUCUCUGGCAGAAACGUCAACAAUGUUAAGGAAAUGGUGGGAAUAGAAGGCAUCACGUACGCUGGUAACCACGGUCUGGAGAUUCUGCAUCCUGAUGGCAGUAAAUUCGUACAUCCCAUGCCUCUGGAGCUGCAAGACAAAGUGGUCGACUUGCUGAAAUCGCUACAGGAACAGGUGUGCAAAGACGGAGCAUGGGUGGAGAACAAGGGUGCACUCCUGACGUUCCACUACCGCGAGACGCCCGUGCACAAGCGCGCAGCACUCGCCGAGCAGGCGCGCAAGCUGAUCGCCGCCGCCGGGUUCACGCCUGCGCCUGCGCAUUGCGCGUUGGAAGCGCGCCCGCCUGUGCAGUGGAAUAAGGGCCGAGCAUCGAUCUACAUUCUACGCACGGCAUUCGGUCUGGACUGGAGUGAGAGGAUCAGGAUCAUAUACGCCGGUGAUGACGCCACAGACGAAGAUGCUAUGAUGGCGCUCAAAGGUAUGGCGGCGACGUUCCGUGUGGCAUCGUCCAACAUCAUCAAGACGUCGGCCGAGCGUCGUCUGCCCUCGACCGACUCAGUUCUAGCGAUGCUCAAGUGGAUAGAGCGUCACUUCUCUCGCCGCAAGCCGCGCAAUUCCCUCACGUACAAAACGGCGCGUAAGGCUCGCGACACCAUUCAGACGCACAUGUCGUACCAGCCGCUUGAGAAGUCGCCGCUGCACACGCCUCCCCGCUCCCCGCCGCGGUCGCCCGACAAAACUUCGUCGGACUCCAAUUAGAUCGGAUUUUAAGGGCAUCUAGAUAAGCACAUAUAAAGCGAGACAUCCCAUCGCAUCGCAAAAUCGCACCAUGUAUGAAUGUAUGGAUGGAAAUGAAAACCUUUCUUUGUUUUGUUAAGUUUCAAAGGUCAGGAUAGGUGUAACCUUCGCUGGAAUCAUUACAU